AUGAAUUCCUACAUACUGCCAGCCGACGCAACAGUCCUUGUCACCGGCGCCAAUGGCUUCAUAGCUUCGCAUACCGUCGACAAGCUACUGGACCAGGGCUUCAAAGUCCGCGGCACAGUUCGCACCCCUAAACCUUGGCUGAACGAAUUUUUCGACGCAAGGUAUGGCAAAGGACGUUUUGAGACGGCGAUUGUAUCCGACUUUAGCGAUUCCCAGAGCGUAAACAAUGCGCUGCAAGGCGUCUCGGGUGUUAUCCACAUGGCAUCUGAUCUGUCUUUCAGCACGGAUCCCAGUACUGUUAUCCCUUGGGUGACUGGUGCAACUAGGACGAUUCUCGAGGUUGCUUCUAAACAUGAAACCAUUCGACGGGUUGUUUUGACGUCAUCGUCGAGGGCCUGUUAUAUGUCUACUUGGGCUAGUACGCGUGGAAUCCAGAUAGAUGAGAAUACCUGGAACGAGAAGGCCAUCAAGGCAGCCUGGGAUCCGGCGACUCCCGAGGAACACAAGGCUUACGCCGUGUAUGCUGCCUCCAAAACCGAAUCGGAAAAACAAGCUUGGAACUGGCUGGAGAAGAAUAAACCGCAUUUUGACUUUAACACCGUGCUUCCUGAUUUCAACACCGGUAGGGUCCUCCAUCCAGAGAUCCCUGGCUCAACUAUAGGAUUCACCCGAAAUCUUCUCAAAGGGGAUGCAUCUGCCCUCGGCCUUCUGCCACCCCAAUGUUAUGUGGAUGUUGAAGAUGUGGCCCGUCUUCAUCUAAUUGCGCUUCUUGGCGAGAAGGUGAAGUCUCAAAGGAUCUUCGCCUUUGCGGGAUCGAAGAACUGGACCGACAUUCUCCGUGUUCUGCGAGAAUUGAGACCAAGCAACACCUUGAUUCCGGACGUCCAUGCCAAUGAGCGACAUGAUGAAGCUGUCAUUCUCCCAGCUCAGAAGGCUGAGGAAUUACUGAGGGAGUUCUUCGGUAGGCAAGGGUGGACUUCUUUGGAAGAGAGUCUGGCUGCUGGUAUUACGGGGUUUGAGUAG